AUGAACGAGCCGCAAGACCCUAUUCUUGAGGCUGCGGCCGAGAUUGCUGCGAUUGCCAAACGCCUCGAGCAGCUUGAGCCCCAAUCUCCGGCGCAGACUUCACAAAACUGGAUCGGUGGGCUCCGACCGGGCGAUGGGUUUGUGAUGCAGAGAGAGACUCCCAGUUUUGACAACGAUGAGGACUACGAGCAAGGCAUCAGCGACUCUGAUGCACACGAAGAUGAGGAUCAAGAUGACGGUGGUCUCGAGGACGGGUGGACUGAUGCGCUGGCUGUCACUUCGGGCUACAACGAGCAAGAAUUCAUCCGUUUCUUUGACGAAAUUCAUGAUGACAUUGUUGCAAAGUACCGUGCACCUAACCCUGGCCCCAUCCCAGGAUUGAAAGACACUGUCCGACUUUUCGACCGACAAAGCCGUGCCGUCGCAGCCGCGUUGUGGCAGAAGGAUUCUCGUUUCCGGGGUAUGAUUCUGGCUGAUCCCCCUGGCUUCGGUAAGACUCUUUCUGCUCUUGCCACAAUCUCCGUCUCAAUGGCGAAGAGUGGAAGCGCAAAGGGUCCCUGUGUCAUUAUCGCUCCGUUGUCCUGCUGUCGUCAAUGGAUGGCCGAGAUCGAUAGGUUUUUUGAACAAGAUCAGAUGCCGGCCGUUUGUCUUGUCGGGGACGCUUUGUGUCCAACGGAUCUAUGGAAGUACAAGGUUGUGGUCACAACAUAUACCUAUGUUUCUGCAGAAGUUAUCCGAACCCGCAAGUUCCUCAGCGGCAUCGACGACUAUACGAAGGGUAUCAUCACGCAGCCCCCCAGGCGACCAAUGCUCGUUCUACUCUCUGGAAUCCACGAACAGGAACCUAGAAAGCCAAUAGGGGAAUGGCUUAUCCUUGAUGAGGCGCAUGCUAUCAAGAACCACCGAAGCUGCACAUAUCACGCUGUGUCUGCCCUAAGAGAACAGUUCAAUGCCUGUCUCAUGAUGACAGCGACCCCACUGGAUAAUACCUGGACAGACCUCUAUGCUCUGAUAAGCAUGCUCAAAGGACACCCUAUCACGAGCUUUCUUCUAUUCAACGCAGCAUUUCGACGGACCUUGGACUCGGGCGCUACGGAACCAGAAGGGCUCCACAAGCAGCGUUAUAUUCAGCUACUAGAUGCCUGUAGCCUGCAGCGACCACGAUCAGCAAUCAUCGACUCGUAUCCUCCCUUCGAGAAUCGGCAGGUCAUCAAGUUUCCUCUCGCACCUGAGGAUCGAAGACUCUCUAACGAAUCGUUCCAGUUGUUCAAGAAGUUCUGGAGGCCUGACUCUAAAACCGCUGGAUUGAAACACCUUGUAGCAGCCCACCAGUACUCCUAUCAUCCAGUGUUGGUCGAACUUAAGCUCGAGAAGCACGCCUUUGAGCUAGCGAUGCGUCAAAAUCAGGCACUCGAUGUGAUUGAGCAAGGUGAUGAGGCUGCGGCAGACCAGUUGGUCAAGUGGCGAGAGCGACUGGAGGCAGAUGAGAAUUGGCUCUCUCACCGAGUGGAAAUGAUCCUUGACAUCAUUUACCGACAUCAGGAUAGAUUCCCUGAUCAUUCAUUUCUGAUUAUGGAUGAAAGUGUCUACCUUCUAGAUAUCCUGGCACGACCUAGGCCAGAAUCUGGAUCCGUUCGCUGCUGCGGUAUCUGUUGA